AUGCCGAGUCGUUCACGCACCCGAGAUCGCAACUACUAUCGCGAUCGCGAGCGUGACACCAACAACCACAACGACGAUUACUAUUACUCGCGCCAUCGGCGACUGAAUAAAGGCGAGCCGCAGUUUUCCUACGACGAUGACAAUGACAACGACAACGAUGACUACAGACGGCAGGAAUACCGUUCGGCACGACGUGAACGCGGACAAUCGUCAAGGGACGAUGCGCGUGCGCGUGGGUAUUACGAGGUAGAAGUGGAGGAAGAGGAAGAAGAAGAAAGCCACAGACGCAGCAAAGCGAGACAGAGACGGGAUUCGUCACAGCACGAUGAGCCGCGUACACCGACAACGCGGCGAGUGCGGCCGGCCAAAGAAAGGGGAGAAGAGGACUAUAGUAGGAGAACGAGGGCAAGGGAGAGAACGCCCAAAGCGAAAGAGUCGCCUGCAACGUCACCUAAGAAGAGGCUCGAUCGUGAAGGAUAUAGGAGGAAUACAAGUCGUGCUCCUCGAGAUGGAAGUCCCCUAAGGGAACGGAGGCAGCGUCAUAAGUAUGACGAAGGAACAGAUAAAGAUUCUAUCAGGGGUCCAGAUAGAGAGCGGAAUCGGGAGCUAGAACGCGAUCAAGACCGCGAGCUACGCAGACAACAGCGCCGUAGAGAACGAGAUCGUCGAGAUCGAGAUCGGGAGUAUGCCGCAGCACCAAAACAUACGAGUACCGACUCAGCGAAUAGUGCUUCCCAGCUUCUCAGUGCGGAUGCAUUGGCUAAGUUGAACGAUCAUUACGAAAGAGAGAGAAUGAGGACAGAUGCUCAAGGGGGGGAAGCCUAUGAAGACGAGGAGCGGGAACGGAAGGAGCAAGACCGGAGAGAGCGACGUCGUCAAAGGGCGCGAGACAUUGCUGUCGCAGAAGACGACGUUUUCCAUGAGGAUGAUGGCCUCGUUCGCGAUACUCCCCGGGGUGCUAUUCGGGUAGAAAAAAAAAGGCAACGUCGACGUCAACCACCACCACCACGACAAGAACAAUUGGAUCAACCAAGGGAAUUGUAUGAUGAUGAUAACGAUGUCGACCUUGUGGCCGCCCGACGAGACCAGAAGCGCCGGCUUGUAUCCGGCGCCGUGAUGGAAGAAGGACGGAGUCACAAGCUGUUCUUCUGGCGACGUCGCGGUCGUCGUAAUGAAAUAGUUGAUGCUGCUGACGCUGACGCUGCUAAUGUGGCUUAUGACGAUAUCGACGGUCAUGGUAAUGAUAACGGCGGCAAUGGAGGAGAUGGCUCCUUGUACAGUCACGAUCUCAAGGAUCCUAACGACGACUACAAUUACAUGCCGUUCUGGAGAAGGAAGAAGACCUGGAUAAUCGCCGGAGUCAUCGCGGUGAUCCUCGCAAUUGCCAUUCCCGUUGCAAUAGUCGAGUCUAGGAAGAACAGAACUGGCGCAUCAUCAUCUAGUAGCAGCAGUAGCAGCUCAUCCUAUGGCGCAUACAAUGCUAGUCUUUCAACCAUUUCGGAGGAUAGCAUUCCGGCUUCUGCCAAAGGAACAUACCUCGAUCCAUUCACAUGGUACGAUACGCGGGACUUCAAUCUCACAUAUACAAACGAAACAGUUGGCGGCUUGCCGAUAAUGGGACUCAACUCAACAUGGGAUGACACUGCACAGCCAAACAGCAAUGUGCCACGUCUAAAUGAGACUUUCCCCUACGGAACAAGGCCGAUUCGCGGUGUGAAUCUUGGGGGAUGGCUAUCCAUCGAACCAUUCAUCACACCGUCCCUUUUCUCUGGGUACUCUAGUGUCGACGGUAUCGUCGACGAAUACACACUGAGCCAGAAACUCGGAUCAGACGCAGCAAACACCAUGGAACAACACUACACCACAUUUAUCCAGGAAGAAGACUUUGCCGAGAUUGCGGCUGCUGGACUCGACCACGUCCGUAUCCAGUAUUCGUAUUGGGCAGUAACCACAUAUGAUGGCGAUCCAUAUGUCAAGCAAAUCUCCUGGCGAUAUCUCUUACGCGCGAUUGAGUACUGCCGAAAAUACGGCCUGCGCGUCAAUCUCGACCUACACGGUCUGCCGGGAAGUCAAAAUGGAUACAACCACAGCGGCCGGCAGGGACUGAUCAGAUGGCUGAAUGGGACAGACGGGAUGCUCAACGGCCAGCGUGCGAUCGACGUUCACAACCAACUCUCGCAAUUCUUUGCGCAGCCGCGCUACGAAAACAUCAUCGCUAUAUAUGGCUUGGCCAAUGAGCCGCUUAUGCUGGACCUCGACAUAUCGACAGUCCUCAACUGGACUGUUAACGCUACUGAAGUUAUACAAGCGAACGGAAUCAAGGCCAAGAUAGCCAUGGGUGACGGGUUCCUGAACCUCGAUAAAUGGGAGUACAUGAUGAAGGGCGAUGUGCCGUCCAACUUGCUGCUGGACACGCAUCAGUAUACAAUCUUCAAUAUCAAUGAAAUCGACCUGAACCACACGGCCAAGAUCAGUCUGAUAUGUGACUCGUGGUUGCCCAUGAUUCAGAAGGUCAAUAGUACUUCUCAAGGCUGGGGCCCAACAAUCUGCGGCGAAUUCUCACAAUCCGACACCGACUGUGCCACUUACCUCAACGACAUCAACACCGGCACCCGCUGGGAGGGCACUUUAGACGGCAGUUCAACACCAGACUGCUACCUUAAAAGCGACGCCUGCAGCUGCACCAACGCCAACACCGCCGUUUCAGACUACAGCGACGAAUACAAGUUGUGGCUGCAAACCUAUGCAGAGGCACAAUUCUCUGCAUUUGAAACAGCGCUAGGCUGGUUUUAUUGGACCUGGGAAACCGAGUCGGCGCCUCAGUGGAGCUAUAAGCAGGCCAGAGCCAAUGGGUUCAUGCCUCAGUUGGCUUAUCAGCCCAAUUUUACGUGCUCGGAUAGUGUGCCGAGUUUCGGGGAUUUGCCUGAGUCUUAUUAG